AUGGCAUUGGAUAAAGCCACAGACCCAAGUGUGUCAGAACAGGAUUGGUCGGCUAUCCAGAAUUUCUGUGAGCAGGUGAACACGGAUCCCAAUGGGAAAAGGGUGCUGGAGACCUGUGUGAACCACUGUGGAGAGAAGUUCCACAACGAGGUGGCCAAGUUCCGCUUCCUGAAUGAGUUGAUCAAAGUGCUAUCCCCAAAGUACUUAGGAUCCUGGACUACAGAAAAAGUGAAAGGAAGAAUCAUUGAAAUACUCUUCAGUUGGACAGUCUGGUUCCCUGAAGACAUCAAGAUCCGGGAUGCUUAUCAGAUGCUGAAGAAACAAGGAAUCAUAAAGCAAGACCCUAAACUGCCAGUGGACAGAAUCUUACCCCCACCUUCUCCCUGGCCUAAGAGCUCCAUUUUUGAUGCUGAUGAAGAAAAGUCAAAGCUCCUGACAAGGCUCCUGAAGAGCAACCACCCUGAGGACCUUCAGGCUGCAAACCGGCUGAUCAAGAAUCUGGUCAAGGAGGAGCAAGAGAAGUCAGAGAAGAUAUCCAGGAGAGUCAGCGCAGUGGAGGAAGUCCGCAGCCACGUCAAGGUGCUGCAGGAGAUGCUCAGUGUGUACCGCCAGCCGGGGCAGGCCCCGCCAGACCAGGAGGCCCUGCAGGUGGUGUACGAAAGGUGUGAAAAGCUGCGGCCUACACUGUUCCGUCUGGCGAGUGACACCACAGAUGACGAUGACGCACUUGCGGAGAUCCUCCAGGCAAAUGACCUCCUCACGCAGGGAGUUCUUCUGUACAAACAGGUGAUGGAGGGCCGUGUCACCUUUGGGAACACAGUGACCAGCCCAGUGGGAGAGACACCUGUUUCCAGAGUCAGUCAGAAUCCAGCAGGCUGCGUGAAGAACUGCCCCCUGAUUGACUUGGAGGUGGACAGUGGAUUUGAGCAGGCCCAGACUCUGGCACCAUCUUUACUUCACGAGGACCUAGCAGUCUUAGGGAUCAGUGAUGCUCCUGUCACAGAUAAGGUUAACCAUCAGAACUGCUAUAAGGAAAAGAGGAAUCCCACUCCGAGCGUACUGCCAGGUGGUGGUGUUCAGAGUCCUUCUGCAGAAAGGAACUUGCUGGAUCUCCUCUCCCCACAGCCCUCAGCGGGCCCUCUGAAUUAUGUUCCCCAGAAAAGUAUCCCCAGGGAAGUGCCACCAGGCACUAAGGCCUCUCCGGGUUGGUCCUGGGAGGCAGGCCCAUUGAUGGCUUCUCCGUCUUCCCAGAACACACCGCUGGCCCAGCUCUUUGUCCCUUUGGAGUCCGUUAAGCCCAGCAGCCUGCCGCCUGUUAUCGUGUACGACCGGAAUGGAUUCAGAAUUCUGCUCCACUUCUCCCAGACCGGGGCCCCUGGCCACCCGGAGGUGCAGGUGUUGCUGUUGACCAUGAUGAGCACUGCUCCCCAGCCUGUGUGGGACAUCAUGUUUCAAGUAGCUGCACCAAAGUCAAUGAGAGUGAAAUUGCAGCCGGCAUCCAGCUCCAAGCUUCCUGCAUUCAGUCCUUUGAUGCCUCCAGCCAUGAUCUCUCAGAUGCUGCUGCUUGAAAACCCACACAAAGAGCCCAUCCGCCUGCGGUAUAAGCUGACAUUCAACCAGGGCGGACAGCCUUUCAGUGAAGUAGGAGAAGUGAAAGAUUUUCCAGACCUGGCUGAUUUGGGUGCAGCCUAA